GCAGAGACUGUUUCCAGGGAGCCUUUCCCCUUGUCUGCAGCGUUCCUGGGAGGGAAUUAAUCAGGGAGUGUUUACUGCACGCCCUGGAGCUACUCUGAGAAUGUGUCCCAGGCCAGCAGCGCGGGGUGAACGGCGCUGCCCCGUCCUCUCGCUGCAUGUCCUGCUUAAAGCGCAGCAAGUGAAACUGGUUUCUGUGGGGCCAGACCGCUUUGCUUUCCCUCUCCCUGCGCUGUGCCAGCGCCUCUGGAUCGCAUUAAGCUGCAUAAAUAACAAGGCUGUUGUCAGAUUCCCCGGUGAGGCGAGGGCAGAGGGGGAGCCCCGGGGCAUGACCUCCGUGUUUCUCAGCGGGACUGCCAGCGCCUCCGCGGCCGCGCCAGGGCUGGGCCGGGGGAGGGUCUGCGCGGCGCUCGCGGGGCGGCCGGACCUGCGGCGGUUCCCGUGCGGGAAGCCACGCGAGAUUCCCGCCGCCGCCGCCGCGGGCCGCGAGCCUCCCGGCCGCGCACCUGGGCGCCGAGCUGCGCGGUGCUCUGCGCAUGCGCCUCCGGGUCCGCAGCCGUUGAAAGGGGCGUGCGUGGCGGCGGCACCUGGGCAGAAGCGUGAGUCUCCCUGGGACCCAGGGACGCAGGGAAGCCGGCGCCCCCUCGUCCCCGCCGUCCUGCUUUGGGCAGCCGCUUCCAGAUGACGAGACCUCUGUCCUUGGUGUCCAUCGUUAUGUCCUUGGAGUGUGGGCUGGUGACUCCCAUAGCAGGUGCUCAUUAAACAUGGCUGGACAGUGGAGGGAGAUGGACAGGGCAGCAGUGCCGAGUUCAAAGGCUUGGCUCACACCUGAUUCUCCCAGGGAGGGCUCCCUGAGCCCCAGGACUGCAACCUCCCCCAUUCUGUGGAGACGGCCCGGGGCUGCCCUCCGUCUGGCUCUGAUCUGCGGAACAGCAACCUUGACGGGGGCUUCAAAGCACGUCUGCCAGUAGAUCAAGGCUUCUCUCAGCCAUGACAGCCCCCAUCGCUCACCUCCCCAAAUAAACCUGCAUAAUGAAGACAGAUGGCCCUGGUCAGCACUGGCCGUGCUGGGAGCCGAGCAGUGCCUGCAGAUGGGGCCGUGGCGGCGUGAGGCCACACACCCCACCCUGGAGCAGUGGUUUGGGGUGUUACCAGGAUGGAGACUAGCUGCACCCCCUCCAUCACCCUAGGGGGCAACAUCUCUAUUUGA